GUUAUCAAUUGGUCCAUGGUCUACGUCAACGCACCCAGGGUCAUUCCAAGCCGCCCCUCAAGCCAUACGAAAAAAUCAACACUGGCGUCUUCAAAGCCAACCGCCGCCCACUGCAGGCCUUCUCCACCCAACCCAUCGCCGGAGAAAAUGUCUCUCUCUUCCCUCUCUCUCUUCUUCCUCCUCUGCCUCUUCUCAAACCCGCCGCUAUCGUCGUCUCAGAGCACAGAGAUCACCUCCUUCUCCGCCGCCGAGUCGCCGUGGACGGCUGGAAGCAACCAAGUCCUUCUCUCCCACAACUCCGUCUUCGCUGCCGGAUUCCGCCCUGGAUCUACCUCCGAAAACCUCUACGUCUUCUCCGUUUGGUACUACAAUGUCUCCAUCUCCAUCGAUGUUUGGUCCGCCAACGGCAACUCCCCGGUCAACGGCUCCGCGAUUCUCGCCAUCACGCCCUCCGGUGAGCUCCGCCUCAGCGAUUCGUCCUCCGGCCCCAACUUGUGGCCUUCGAAGGCUGUCGGAAAUCCCAACUCCACCCUCGUUCUCGGGAACGACGGCAAGCUCUCGUACGCCACCUGGUCGAGUUUCAAUAUCCCGACGAACACGCUUCUUCCGAACCAGACCAUCAACGGAACGAUCCUCUCUUCCAAGAAUGGAAAGUAUAAGUUUGUGAACUCAUCAGUCCUCGUUUACAACGGGACAUAUCGGUACUGGACUACUGCCAAUCAGUUCCAAAUGCUUCAAGAAGACGGCAAAGUCGUUCAGGGCAACAGCCAAACGCUCCUUUCGGCCGAUUUCGGCGACCUCCGGCCGAGAAGACUGACUCUCGACGAGAAUGGCAAUCUUAUAAUUUACAGCUUUGACCGGAAUUUGACCAAGUGGAGCCCCGUUUGGACAGCAGUGUUCGAGGUCUGCACGAUCCCCGGUACUUGCGGACCAAACUUCGUAUGCAUGGUCAAUGAAACAAACAAUCCCUCCUGCGUCUGCCCGUCGGGCUUCCGGUCAGUUUCCGGCAACGGCGGCGAAGUCUGCGAACGGAAAAUUCCGAUAAGGGUGCCGGAAAACUCCAAGUUCCUACAACUGGACUACGUUAAUUAUUCCAGCGGAUCAAGUUACCAAAAAUUCUCUACAGUCCAGAAUUACUCAGAGUGCGAAUACCGGUGUUUAUCCAACCGGGAAUGCCUCGGGUUCGGAUUCAAGUUCGACGGAUCCGGUUUUUGCCAAAUCCACCUGGAAGUUCUCCUAAACGGGUACUGGUCUCCGGGUACAGAAGCAGCCAUGUUCCUCCGGGUGGAUAAAUCCGAAACCGAUGAAACGAGCUUCAAAGGUAUGACGAGCUUGAUGGAGACUACGUGCCCAGUCCGGAUCGCUCUCCCGAUUCCACCCAAAGACUCCAAUUCGACGACCCGGAAUAUCGUGAUAAUCUGCGUCCUCUUCACUGCCGAGCUCGUUAGCGGCGUUUUCUUCAUCUGGGCUUUUCUCAAGAAAUACAUCAAGUACCGGGACAUGGCUCGGACCCUCGGGCUCGAAUUCUUGCCGGCGGGCGGCCCGAAGAGAUUCAGCCACGCUGAGCUGAAAGCCGCCACUGGAAACUUCUCGAACAUCAUUGGGAAAGGUGGUUUCGGAGAUGUUUACAAAGGCGAGUUAAGCGACCACCGUGUCGUGGCGGUGAAGUGCCUGAAAAACGUAACUGGCGGCGACGCCGAAUUCUGGGCGGAGGUGACAAUUAUCGCCAGGAUGCACCACCUCAAUCUGGUCCGAUUAUGGGGUUUUUGCGCUGAGAAAGGCCAGCGAAUUCUCGUCUAUGAAUAUGUGCCCAAUGGCUCUCUGGACAAGUUUCUGUUCACCAGUGAUCGGGUCGGGUCUGGAGGGUCGGAUAAUGGAUCGGAUCAGGUUACAAACUCUGGGGAUAAGCCUGUUCUGGAUUGGAAUAUUCGGUACCGGAUCGCGCUGGGAGUGGCAAGAGCAAUUGCCUACUUGCACGAGGAGUGUUUGGAAUGGGUUUUACACUGCGACAUUAAGCCAGAGAACAUACUUUUAGGGGACGAUUUCUGCCCGAAGAUAUCUGAUUUCGGGUUGGCGAAGCUCAGGAAGAAGGAAGACAUGGUUAGCAUGUCUAGGAUACGGGGAACCCGGGGAUACAUGGCGCCGGAAUGGGUGAAGAUGGAUCCAAUCACCCCGAAAGCUGACGUGUACAGCUUCGGCAUGGUGUUGCUGGAGAUCGUGACUGGUGUUCGGAGCUUCGAGAUCCAAGGGUCGAGAAUGGAUAGCGAGGAUUGGUAUCUGCCACGGUGGGCGUUCGAGAAGGUGUUCAAGGAGAUGAAGGUGGAGGACAUUCUGGAUCGUCGGAUCAAGCAGUCGUACGAUAGCCGGGCCCACUUCGAUCUGGUGAAUCGCAUGGUGAAGACGGCGAUGUGGUGCCUCCAGGAUCGGGCGGACGCGCGGCCGUCGAUGGGGAAGGUGGCGAAGAUGCUCGAAGGAACGGUGGAGAUCACGGAGCCUAAGAGGCCCACCAUUUUCUACUUGGCUGAUGACUAGUCCGAGUCUCCCUGGGCUCUUGGCUGGCACGUGAAUCGGGUUCCAUUACACGAAAGUAAGGCGCCGCGUGACUUAGCAUAGCCUAGCCUAGCCUCUUAAGGCCUAGAUGGAACCGUUCUUUUUCCAUUGAAGACAAGAUGUUUGAAUUUCUAAUUUGUCCUCUCUUUUUUUUUGAAAAAAUAAUUGAUAUUAAUGAUUCAUUCCGUCGUAAA